AUGCUGCCAUGCUCUCAUGUCAUUGAAAGUAGUACCGAAGAAAAGCGUUAUCGACCAGGGCACGGGAAGCAAACUCGAUUGGUCUGGCUGCAACAGACGAAGGCGAUAAGCAAUCAGGUUCUCGAUUCUUACGCAGUGUCUCCGACAGACGAGCGGAGGCAAAGACGCGAGGGGUAUCUAUCAAGGGCGGCGCCCAUCUACGACCUGAUGACGUUGUUGACGUCGAUUGCUGAAAGGAGUUUACGCUCCAAAACAACACAUUGUCGACGGUGGCCCAGGAAAUUAAGAGCACUGAGCUUGGGAGUCAUAAAUACAUUUACCUGA